CCGAGAGAGAGUGAAUAAAUAAAUAAAUAAUCUUCUUCACAAAUAGAAAAAAUCAAAAAUAUCUCUAUAUAAACAAUUUUUAACUUAAACAAAAAUAAAUCAUGGCUAAAUCAAAAACAGCAUUAACACUAUUUUUAUUAAUGUUUAUUAAUGGAAUUUUAGCACAAAAAACUGAAGAAAAUGAAGUGCUAUAUGAUACCCAAAUGGUCCAAGGAGUGAAAGUAUACCGUAAUGACAGAGAAUGUGCCAUGCUCGGUGGACUCUGCGUGCAUAGAAGUGAUUGUCUCGAAACAUCAUCAAAAUCAGGCCUUUGUCCAUCAAAUAAGCACUUAGGUGUUGAAUGCUGCUAUGAAUUACCCGUAAGGCCAGCACCUUGCCGCCAACACAUGGGUGAUUGCAAAGAUAGAUGCCCAGCAAGACUUAUUAGGCCUGGAACAGACUGCAAAGAUGGACAAUUUUGUUGUGUUUUGAUUUAAGUACCUUUCCUUGUGCAAAAAACCAAAGAAAAGUCAUAACCUAUGGAUGAGUCUA